GAGUAAGUGAGCAAGUGUAGAAACAUGCGAGUAUAAUUCGAUAAAAAAAUAUGAAAAUCUAUAUUUUAUUGGUGGCAUUAGUUUUGGCAGUGGCACAAGUCCAGGCCGAUCUGAAAGAAGAAAUGCGCAAACUGGACAUGGCCUGUCGUGAGGAAUCCAAUGUCAGCGAGGAUGAAUUGAAAUCUUUCUUUGCAAAUCAAAUGAAAGGUGAACCAAAGGAUGCUUUAAAGUGCCAUCUUAAAUGUUUUAUGGAAAAACAAGGCCAAUUUAAAAAUGGAGCCCUUGAUGAAAAUGCUGUCAAAAAGUUCUUAGAAGGUAUACCCUCCUUAAAAGAUCAUCAGGAUAUUAUAAACAAGUCCAUAGAUGACUGCAAAAAUAUAAAGGGUUCAUCAGAUUGUGAUACCGCUUAUCUUGUCAUUAAAUGCAUGAAUGAACACAAAGCUAUGCUUAUGUAAUGUGUUACUGUGAAGUUAACAUUUGUUUUUGUUACUUUGCAAAUUUAACAAAUAACACAGUUCUAAAUACAAAUAUUGGCUUAUA